UUUACGGGAGAAAAGUCAGCUUCGAGGGAAAGUAAAGCGGCGCAAAGGAGCUCCGUUGCGAUGCUGCUGCUGUACUGAGAAACAGUGAGAGAGCGAGCAUCACUCUAAGCGCUCUCUCUCUCUCUCUCUCUCUCUCUCUCUCUCCCCCUCCCCCCCGCUUUCCCGCCGUCGCGUGCGUGUAGAGAUGAUGCUGCAAAAAGAGAAGCUUCUGACGAGGAUUUAUUAAAUUCAUUUAGGAUUUGGAGACUGAAGUAAAUGGAUAAGAUAACCCAAGAACACAUCUGCCAGCAAAUUGUGAAAGGAGUUGAUUCACCACCAUCUCCCAAACGACCAAGGACUGAUUACAUGAUGCUACUUUAUAAAACAACCAGCUCUCUGUCAUCAAUAAAUACUGUCCAUAAAAACAAAGCUGAAAAUAGAAGUGGGGAUCUGCACUGUGAAAACCAGCAACCACAAGAGAAUAAAUUCAGUGUCAUUCCUCAUACAAAGAUGACUCCUCCACAUACCGAUGAUGCACCCACAGGAGCAUCAAAAGUCUGUUGUAUUCUUCCAGAGAGACACUCUCCAGAUGUGGGGAAAGAUAAGCAGUCUGCAGGUACUGAGAGUGACAAGCUGAGCAGCUCUCCAGCACAGCAUCCAGGUGGGACAUUAGCAGAGACUUACACAUCAAAACACUUUGACACUGACUACAAGAGGCUGGACACGUCACCUGAAGAUGAGACUCUUGGCGGUCACAGCCCUCUGUGCAGCAGUGAUGAAGAUGGUCAACUCCAAGCAGUCAACGUUAGUUUAAGUGUGGAGGAAUCCCUUUUUCAGCCUGGUAGCAGCACUUGUGAACAUGUCACACGUUUUUGUAAAAAACGGAGUCAGUCCAGUAACACCGAAGAGAAUAAUGAUAACAGGAAUAAAUAUAGCGACAGAAAGAAUGUUCUUUUUGACAAGGAAGAGAAAGAAUGCAGUUGUAACAUAUCCUGUAGUCAUAAUGAAGACUCCAAAUCAUGCCGGUCUGUACUGGACACACAGAUGAAGUCAGGCGAAAAAAUGUCAGAUCUGCAGAUUUGUGGAAAAGGAAAUUUUACUUUCUGCAAUGUGAAAUCAAAAGAGCAGGUUAAUCAGAAGCGCACAAACGCCAACCCUGCUAAUACUGAAUGUGCCGAGGAACAAAUAGUCUCUUCUGAGACAAGAAAUGUGGAAAUUGUGACUGAGAUCAGAGUGAUUCCUGAAAUUGACAACCUCUGUGGGGAAGAAGGAGAGAAUGCUGCUCUGCAGAUGAUAACCAAACCUCCAAGUGAAAUGGGUGAUUAUACAACAGAGACUCCAGUGCCGGCACAAAUCAGUCAAGAGCCUGCAGAAGGAGAUAAUGAUGCGGGACCUUUCAGUGUAAUUGACCCUGCAAUCUGGAGUGAAACUGACAGGGAGGCUGAAGGGAGCACUGCAGGUGUAGAAUUAUCUCCAUCAGUAAAAAUCUGUGAGGUGGAAAUGCCUGUUCCACUCUGUUCUGACGUCAGGGAUUUGCAGCACAGCACAAAGGAGCUUGCAGCUUCUGAUCAGGCCGAGCAGUUUAAUGGUGAAGGCAGAGCACAGCAAGCCACAGUCUUGUACCAUCUCAACUAG